CUCCCGCCCCCACCUCCUCCCGCCCGCCGCCAGCUUUCGCUCAGGGAGGCAGGCAGCGGGCGCCCUUUGCGCCGGGAAGCCAGUGCCGCGAUUGGGCGACGGUCCCUGAGCCUCCAGUUCCGCGUCGGUUUCAAGGCUCCUCCCUCUUGGUGAAAGACAGACUGCGGGGCGCCUGGAAACCGGUCCGAGGGCGCGCGCGAGAGAGGAGAGCGAGCGAGUUGAGGGAUUGACACAAAUGGUCAGGCGGCGGCGGCGGAGAAGGAGGCGGAGGCGCAGGGGGGAGUCGAGGCCACUGGGCUGCGGAGAGUUGCGCGCUCUACCGGGCCGCGGCCACUAGCGCUGCGCGGCCAGCCGGGAACAGGCGAGCCGAGGGCCAGGAAGGCGGGACGAGACCCCGGCGCGCCGGAGCCACCCGGGCUCUCCCCGCCGCCCACGCUUCAUGAAUCGCAAGUUUCCGCGGCGGCGGCGGCUGCGGGACGCGGAGCGGGAACCGGGGGAGCGGGCUGAGCGCGGCUCAGACUCGACGGAGGGCACCGGCACGGAAGAGAUCUCUCUGGCCAAAGAGGGAGCCGCUGCCGGCUGCCCCACUGCCAGCCCCAGCCGGGCGGCGCCAAGAAAGGAGCCGAGAAAGUAUGGCUGAAGAGGAGGCGCCUAAGAAGUCCCGGGCCUCCCGCGGCCGCGCGAGCUGGGAACUUUAUGCCGGGGCAUUCCCGGCUGGACGGGUGGCUGAGGGGAGCGGCGACGCGGGCAGCCGGCGCCACCGCCGCCCCCCAGCUGACUCUGGACGCUUGGCGCGCCGGCUCCUGCUCCUGCUUUGGCUGCUGGAGGCUCCGCUGCUACUGGGGGUCCGGGGGCAGGCGGUGGGCCAAGGGCCCGGGCCGGGGCAGCAGCCCCCGCCGCCGCCGCCUCAGCAGCAGCAGAGCGGGCAACAGUACAACGGCGAGAGGGGCAUCUCCAUCCCGGACCACGGCUACUGCCAGCCCAUCUCCAUCCCGCUGUGCACGGACAUUGCGUACAACCAGACCAUCAUGCCCAACCUUUUGGGCCACACGAACCAAGAGGAUGCGGGCCUCGAGGUACACCAGUUCUACCCCUUGGUGAAGGUGCAGUGCUCGGCGGAACUCAAAUUCUUUCUGUGCUCCAUGUACGCGCCCGUGUGCACGGUGCUGGAGCAGGCUCUGCCGCCCUGCCGCUCCCUAUGUGAGCGCGCGCGCCAGGGCUGCGAGGCGCUCAUGAACAAGUUCGGCUUCCAGUGGCCGGACACGCUCAAGUGUGAGAAGUUCCCGGUGCACGGCGCCGGUGAGCUGUGCGUGGGCCAGAACACGUCGGACAAGGGCACCCCGACCCCCUCGUUGCUGCCGGAGUUCUGGACCAGCAACCCUCAGCACGGCAGCGGGGGGCACCGUGGUGGCGGCUUUCCGGGGGGCGCCGGCGCGUCGGAGCGAGGCAAGUUUUCGUGCCCGCGCGCCCUCAAGGUGCCCUCCUACCUCAACUACCACUUCCUGGGGGAGAAAGACUGCGGUGCGCCCUGUGAGCCGACCAAGGUGUACGGGCUCAUGUACUUUGGGCCCGAGGAGCUGCGCUUCUCGCGCACCUGGAUCGGCAUCUGGUCAGUGCUGUGCUGCGCCUCUACGCUCUUCACCGUACUUACGUACCUGGUGGACAUGCGGCGCUUCAGCUAUCCGGAGCGGCCCAUCAUCUUCUUGUCCGGCUGCUACACGGCAGUUGCCGUGGCCUACAUCGCCGGCUUCCUGCUGGAGGACCGAGUGGUGUGUAACGACAAGUUCUCCGAGGAUGGGGCGCGCACAGUGGCGCAGGGCACCAAGAAGGAGGGCUGCACCAUCCUCUUCAUGAUGCUCUACUUCUUUAGCAUGGCCAGCUCCAUCUGGUGGGUGAUUCUGUCGCUCACCUGGUUCCUGGCAGCGGGGAUGAAGUGGGGUCACGAAGCCAUUGAGGCCAACUCUCAGUAUUUUCACCUGGCCGCCUGGGCCGUGCCGGCCAUCAAGACCAUCACCAUCCUGGCGCUGGGCCAGGUGGAUGGCGAUGUGCUGAGCGGGGUGUGCUUCGUGGGGCUCAACAAUGUGGACGCGCUGCGCGGCUUCGUGCUGGCGCCGCUCUUCGUGUACUUGUUCAUCGGCACGUCUUUCCUGCUGGCCGGCUUCGUGUCCCUCUUCCGCAUUCGUACCAUCAUGAAGCACGACGGCACCAAGACCGAGAAGCUGGAGAAGCUCAUGGUGCGCAUCGGCGUUUUCAGCGUGCUUUACACGGUGCCAGCCACUAUCGUCAUCGCCUGCUACUUCUACGAGCAGGCCUUCCGGGACCAGUGGGAGCGCAGCUGGGUGGCCCAGAGCUGCAAGAGCUAUGCCAUACCCUGCCCCCACCUCCAGGGGGGUGGAGGCGCCCCGCCGCACCCGCCCAUGAGCCCAGACUUCACAGUCUUCAUGAUCAAGUACCUUAUGACGCUGAUCGUGGGCAUCACGUCAGGCUUCUGGAUCUGGUCCGGCAAGACCCUCAACUCCUGGAGGAAGUUCUAUACCAGGCUCACCAACAGCAAACAGGGAGAGACCACCGUCUGAGACCCGGGGACUCAGCCCAUUCCCAGUUGUCGGCUUCGUCCUAGCCACCCCUGUAAAGCUGGCCCCGUGGAAACCUUGCCAGACCUGGCUACUUGAGGCUUCCUCACUAGCCAUUCACUUUUCGCAGGCUCCUUUUAACAACCCAGCUCCUGCAAAAGCUUCCGUCCCUGGGGCAAACGGACUGGAGGGCCCAACUACAGCAGGGGGUACAGACAGACCUCUCGUUCUCAUACUCUGGUACCAGGACUGUACGCUUUUAUGAUUGUAAAUAGCCUGUGUAAGAUUUUUGUAAGUAUAUUUGUAUUUAAAUGACCGAUCACGCGUUUUUCUUUAUCCCCCCCCCCUUUUGCUUUUGUUUAAAUUUUAAUUAAUUAGGGCUGUUUAACCUUUUGAGGCUUUUCCUUCUUUCCCUUUUCCAAGUACUGCAGAGGUAAAACAGGAGCUCACGGUGCUCUCGCUGUUCUGGCGCGCCCCUCCCUGCGGCGGUCGGGUGCGUCUGGGGCUGAGCAGCCCAGGUCACUUUCUGCCUCCUCUUUCUGCUCCCCACUUUCCCUUCGGUGUUUGGCGUCAGGGCUCUUUAGAUAGAGAACUCCACGGGGGUAGGCCUUUGCCCAUCCCAGGUGUGCUCUUGUUGGGGGAGGGGGCAGAUUGUGAAGGCCUUGUUCCUUUGACUAUCCGAAACUGAAUUUUUCCACUGUAGAGAGCCUUCCCCCUAGCUUGGAGGAGGCCCACUGGAUAUGGGCUAUGGCACUCCCAGCCUCCCUUCCCACUGGCCUCCAAACGCCCAGGCACUCUCUCCUUCCAUCUAAGUUGGUUAGAGGGUGAGUGGGAUGACCAGUGCCAAACUUUUUCAAGUCUUAAUUUUUGAUGGAUGAGCUCAUUUCAUUCUCUAGUGUCUAAAACCUGGUAUGGGUUUGGCCGGCAUCACGGAAAGAUGUGGUUGCUGAGAUUUGGGAAGAGGCACAAAGCUUUGUGUGAGUCCAGAGAGACUGAAAAUGGGGGUUAUAAAAUGUUAAUUUUAAUUGCAUACUGAUGCCUGGCAAACUGCCUCUAGGACUGAGACAGCCUGCAUUUAGAUUUUACCUUUCUGUAAAAUGGAAACAUGAGGUCACCUGGAAAGCUUUGUUAAAGAGGUGAUCUCUGCUUUCCUUAACCGGACAGCAGGAUGUAAGCUGAAUAGGAAAACUUGAAGGAGAUUUCAGUGCAAUGGGCUUCCUCCAAAUGAAGUGCUCCUUUCUUAUUUUUAAUCAAAUAAUAAUUAGACAUAGAUCAGAAACUUUAAAAUGUGAAAGUUGUACACUUUCAGCAUAUUAUUAUGAUGAUUAUUCAGCUACACAUUCUGAGGGAAGAACAAUCCACAUUAAAAAUAAGCUUGUAAAAUUUGGGGGAGGUAAAGGAGGUGAAAUAAUUGAUGGGGUUAGUUCCUGAAAUAAACAAAAUAUGGGCAUGCACAUGGUAAAGGGAAAGUGUGUGCAGUUCUCCUGCAUUGAAUCCUCUGUGCUCCUUUUUGGAUUUACAGAAAUGUGUCAAAUGUAAAUCUUUCAAAGCCAUUUAAAAAUAUUCACUUUAGUUCUCUGUGAAAAAGAGGAGGAAGACAGUCCUCUUGAUUGUAUUGUUUUAAAUUUUAAGAGUUUAUCAAAAUGCCAGUACUUAGGACCUAAAUUUAUCUAUGUCUUUCAUACCCUAAAAUGACAAUGGUCUUUGGAUUUGGUAUGCAUUUAUUCUGUUCACUAUCACAAAAUCAUCUAUAUUUAUAGAGGAAUAGAAGUUUAUAUAUAUAAAAUACCAUAUUUUUAAUUUCACAAAUAAAAAAAUCAAAGUUUUGUACAAAAUUAUAUGGUUUUUGUGCCUGAAAAUAAUAGAGCUGGAACUGUCUGAACUAUCUUUGCAUUUUAUAGUGUCUCAUAGCCAGUCCCAAAGUAUAAAAAUUCAGGAAUUCAAUGAAAUAGUCUAUUCUUAAACAUUCAGACCAGCCCUUAAAGAAGUGUCCUACUUGCAGUGUUGCGACUGACAUUGCCAAGUUCCUAGACAGCAUCUGCUUUCAUGACAGUAACAAUAUAAAAUAGAAGUUUCCAAAUUAUUUCUUUACUUAAAGAGGAUAAUUAAAAAGAGAACUCUAAUUUUAAUAUUAAAGCUUUUUUUUUUUCCUUUCAAGGGGUAAAUUUACAUGACUUUUUAUAAUUAUGGAGGUUUAUUUAAAUCAUCAGGCACCACCUUGGUCAUGAUUUUUUUGAGGUACUGUCUUUUUCAUAAUCUUGGGUAUUCCAAAACCUUGAAUAGGUAAUCAAUAAAUGGUUAACUGACUGUGUGUUUAUAAGCAUUUUAAACAGUAGUUGGGUAUAUAUGGUUGUUUUUGUUGUUUGCUUUGGAAGACCCCAUUUUUAUAUUGUUCAAGGAUCCUUUUCCAGAGAAAUUAUCUAGUUGGUCUACUCUUAGUCAGAAUUUAUACAUAUAUAGAUAUGUAUAUGACAUGUAUAUAUAUACAUAUAUACACAGAUAUAUAUAAGUAUACACACACAAUUUUUAUAAAAUAGAGGUGCAAAGUUUACUUAUAUAUUUUACAAUAUGGAAAUAAGGUUAUGAGAAAUGGAAAAUGCCAGACGGAAAACCUCAAAUACCUUUGGAAAACAAGUCUCUUAUUCCUUUACAGACUAAAAAUAUUUAUAUUAAAAUUUUCCAUGAAAAUAUUUUGUGGUAAAAUGACAAGGAACUAAAAUGAAGACCAUUGAUACAAUUGAAUUAGUUUUGUGGUAUUAAUGCAGUUGUCUUUUAAGUAAUUAUCGCUAUUUAUUUUAAGGCAAAUGAAAAAAUUAAAUCUAAUUGAAAGUAGAGCAUUUAAUUUUAAGUAGCAAGUUGUAAUAUUAUAGUCUUUUUCCUUUGUUUCAUUAAUCUACUAUAGUAGAUAUGUGAAGGUUUUAUUGUGUAGACGUUUUAAAAAACAAUUCUUAGGCCAAAUUAAAAGAUGUCUCCUCUCUAGGUAUUUCAAUCAGAUGAUUUCUGAGGAAAAAAAUUUAAGAUUAUUAGUCUCAAUCCAAGAAAUAAAUAUAAGGCAUUCUU